AUGAAUUUAGGUCAACCAACUGAAGUUCCACUUCUAAUUAAGCUGAAAAAUAUUCGAUCUUCAAGAACAAUGAUUGAAGAACUCAUCAAACUUCAAUCUAACGAUGGUUCAUUUACGUUGAAUAAAGAUUUAGCUGAUAUACUUCAUGUCAAUGUUGAAAUUUUCAAUGGUCUAGAACAAUAUUUACGUAAACAAGGCUUUAAUUCACUCGGUAAAAUUGUUUAUCUCUGCAAUCAAUUACCUACUAAUAUGAGCGAACAGAUUAAUAAAGCUAUCGAAUUUUAUCAACACACAAGUCAACGUUAUGGUAUCUAUUGUAAACAAUUAGAAUUGAGCGAUUCAUCGUGGGACAUGUUUAUACAACAUAUACUUAUCGGCAUUAAUUAUGUCAAUAACUAA